AUGGAUCGCGUAAAGUUAGAUUCACUUCAAGGUUUUACCGUGAACUUCGCUCCCUUCUUUUCGCAUUCUUCGAAAUAUUAUCUAAUUAUAUCAAGUAUGGUGCGAGUGAGACGCCAAAAUACCCAGCCCCUCGAGGAUAUAUCGGUGGCCCCCUCAACCUUCUCCGAUGGUCUGCCGCUGCCUAAACUGAUCACAUUCGAUCUUGACUACACACUAUGGCCAUUCUGGGUCGAUAUGGACGUCAGUACACCCAUAAAGUCUCGUGAUAAUAAUUCUCGCGUAACGGACCGAUGGAAUGAAUCUUUUGCAUUCUACCCCGCAGUCUCCUCAAUAAUACAAGCUUGCGCGAGCCGUUCAAUCCCAUUAGCUCUAGCCUCACGAACAAGCGCCCCUGAACUAGCACGCGAGAUGCUCAAAUCUCUGCAUAUUAUCCCGGCCUUUUCGGACAAAUCGACCGCAAACACACGAACAACUCGCGCGUUAGAAUAUUUUGACUACGUUCAAAUAUUCCCGGGGAACAAGACGCAGCAUUUCUCCCGAAUCCAACAGGCAAGCGGGACUGCAUAUGAAGAUAUGCUCUUUUUCGAUGAUGAGGCGCGGAAUCGCAAUGUUGAAUCGGAACUCGGAGUCACUUUUUAUCUGGUACGAAGGGGAAUGACCAUAGAUGAGGUAGAUCAGGGUGUUUGGGCCUGGAGAAAGAGAAAUGGGAUCAAACAGAAGAACGGGGAUGAAGAAGUGAACUGA